AUGGAAGCGAUCAAACACGGCGAAGACGACGUGAUUGUGGGCGAGCAGGACAUGGGCAGUGUUCUCGCACCAGAGCAGUGCCUCACUAAGACUCGAAGCCUAUCGGAUGGAGGCGGCGCCCAAUUGUCACCCUCGCCCUUCAUAAUCGACACGAGAAGAACGUCAAAGGACGACAGUUCACUGCGGGAUGUCGCGUCGUCAACGGCUGCACAAAGCACGACUCCUGCGCCUGUUACCCCGCGGCGACCCGACUUCCCCCUCCGUGGCCUAUCACUGCAUCUGCCCAGUCGCGACACAGCUACGACGCCAGGACAAGGCCAGCCAUCAUCAUACGUCAAGCCCAGCCCAUUGUCUCCAAAGCUGGACCAGUCCCACAUAUAUGCCUCUCCAACCAAUAUCCUGCCCAGACGAUCGCGGGGCCUCGACUUUUCGAGAGCAGCGACCAGUCUGCACCACUCCACCCUGGCCGAGCAGUCGUCACCAGAUACUUCCCCAACGAUCGGCGGCGGAAGGGCCAUGAAUAUUCCAGGCCGGAGCAUUGGGGAAUAUGGCAUUGAACAAUCAUCCAACUCGUUGUGGUCUAUUAUGGGUAAUCAGGAACGCAUGAAUGUUUCCAGCUCCAUUGGGAGUGCCAAUCACCACCACAUGGCCUUGGGCUCUGAUACUUCAUCGAGCUCCGACGAUGACGAUCCAAUGGAUGAGGAGAUGGAGGACGCUUUUAUGGGCACACCCCACGCAGCAAAAACUGGCCAGGUCUCUGGGAUUCCGUGGAUGCCCGGCAACUCGCCUGCCGCAAAUAGUCUGAACAGCUUCAGGGCACGACCGAGGAAACAACCAAAGAAAAAGUUUCGUGGUCUACUGGGGUUGGGCUUCAAUCCUGCCGCGCCUCCCGGGUUGUCCAAGUCCCCUCCGAAUAACGUCGUCAGCGAGAUGAAGGAUUCCCCCGGAUCACAUGCAAGGAGGGAGAGCAUUAGCUGGGCCGCCAAUCAAUUGCACAUAUCCGCCGCGGAUGACGAGAAGGCUAUGGAUGCUAUUGACAUUCCUAGAGACGGUCGUGGAGGAGUUGUCAGGCGCGCAGUGACCCGGCGCGGCAACCUUCUUCCCAAAACCAAGGGGUUUGCUCGCAUUCGAGCCGCACUGGCCGAGGAAGGCGCGCCUGUCGACUCCGAAUUUCGAAGGGAAGCCGAAGUUAUUCGUCAGGUGCGCGAGAGCGAUAUGGACCUGGAGCCUCGAGUGCAAUCCGGACCCCCUCCCCUCGAUAUAGCGUCGGCCAAGUCCUCGCCCAAUCUAAACGAUGAAACCAUUGACGAUAUGCUGGAUGACGACCUCAUAGCGGACUCGGGCUUGUCCAGCAGCUUCAAGCAACAAGCACUCAAGAAUUCUAAGGGAAAACAAUUUUGGGAUGACUUCUCCGAGACAAGCAGCGUGGCCGGCAGUCGGGUUACGCCACCGCCCCCAGCAUUUCUGCCUCGUGGCUCAUCGUCGGGCAUUAGCGAUAUGAACAUGGACUCGCCUCUGACGCGGCAUAACAGCUUAUUCGGGCCCGGUCCAGCGCUUGCAAUGAUUGGCAACGAGAGCGAUAGCCAGCGUUCGGAAACCCCCCAGGCCUCGGGUUCUGCCACGGGAUCCCAAGGACCGAAGCUGCCACCGACUGCCGAAGAGAUUACCCGUCGCAUCAACAAUAAGCGACGAAGGGACGACGACUUCGACCCCGUCGGCUUCAAGAGACGAGCAGUCAGCCCUGGCAUGAGCGUACACAACUCGCCCGUUAUGCAGAGCCCCCUACAGCGCGAUAUGGCGCCAUGGGGCUCGCGGCCGGGAAGCAAUGGAGGCGACAAGGCCUCUGGCACGCCGAGCGACAAUGGCAGUACGGGUGGAACUACGGGUGGUGGUGCCACGAAUAAUGGAAGGCCGAUCAGUGGUGCUAAGGGCCGAGUCGGGUUCCAAGGCAUGGUGGAUACACACGAUGGGUUGAUGCGCAUGAGCAUUGAAUAA